AUGGAGGACGAGGACUCGGAGCCGCUGCUGUACGAACAGCUCGGACUCUUCACGCCCUCCGCGUCUGCGCUCUGCAACGAAGACAACAGCGAGUCCGAAGAAACUCAAGACCCAGCCACAGCAAGUCAGCAGCAACACCACUCGAAGCAGCAGCAGCAGCAGCAAAUUACAGCAGCAGCAGCAGCAGCAAAUUACAGCAGCAGCAGCAGCAGCAGCAGCAGCAGCAGCAGCAGGAGAGAUUCAAAUAUGCCGUUUUCAGCAGCUCUCCUCAAAGUGCUGAAGGCCUACGCCGCGUACAACCCCGAAGUUGGUUACUGCCAAGGCAUGGGUUUCGUGUGUGGGGUGCUGCUGCUGCACAUGCGGGAAGCAGCAGCAUUUUGUUUUUUGGUUUGUUUGCUUUCCAAAUAUUCUCUCGCGGAUUUGUACAGACCUGGACUUCCUCUUUUGAACAAAUACUUCUUCCAGCUGAGCGCGCACCUGGAGGCGGAGGGCGUGGAGGCCUCGAUGUUUUUGUCGGGCUGGCUGAUGACUUUGUUUGCUUACAACUUGGAGUUGAACUCCGUCUUGAGAAUUUGGGAUUUGUUUCUUUUCCGCGGAGAGAAGCAGCUCUUCGCCACCGCCCUCGCCAUCCUCAAGGCCAACGAGGCGGUGCUGCUGGCGAGCUCUUUGGAGGGAGUUUUGGAGGUUUUGAAGAAAGUGGAAUUGUCUUUUGAAGAGCUGCAAGAAGCAGCAAAAGGAAUUAAAGUCACCAGAAAGACUCUUGCUGCUCUCGAAGCGGAGUACUACCGCAGCAGCAGCAGCAGCAGCAGCAGCAGCAGCAGCAGCAGCAGCCCACGCGCGCUGCAGCAGCAAAGCCUCGACCCGCAAGGCCAGAUUUCCAACUAG